AUGGCUGCUAUUCAAGAAGAAGAACGUGAGAUUCAGAAGACUUACUGGAUCGAGCAUUCCGCGGACCUUUCUGUGGAGGCUAUGAUGCUCGACUCAAAAGCCUCUGAUCUUGACAAAGAAGAAAGGCCCGAGGUGAUCUCUCUGCUCCCAUCAUAUGAAGGGAAAUCAGUUCUGGAACUGGGAGCUGGUAUUGGCCGUUUCACUGGUGAAUUAGCUAAAAGGGCACGCCAACUUGUAGCCCUGGACUUCAUUGAAAGUGUAAUAAACAAGAACCAAAGUAUCAAUGGACAUUAUAAAAAUGUCAAGUUUAUGUGCGCUGAUGUGACUUCACCAGACUUGAAUUUUUCAGAAGAAUCGGUGGACUUGAUAUUUUCAAAUUGGCUACUGAUGUAUCUCUCUGACACAGAGGUGGAAAGUCUGGCAGAGAAAAUGAUCAAAUGGUUAAAAGUUGGUGGCUAUAUAUUUUUUAGGGAAUCAUGUUUCCAUCAAUCUGGAGACCACAAGCGAAAGAAUAAUCCGACCCAUUACCGCGAGCCCAGAUUCUAUACAAAGGUCUUCAAAGAACGUCAAGUCUACGAUGGUUCUGGAAAUUCAUAUGAACUAGCCCUUGUUAGUUGCAAAUGCAUUGGAGCUUAUGUAACGAACAAAAAGAACCAGAAUCAGAUUUGCUGGAUAUGGCAGAAAGUUAGUUCAGAGGAUGACAGAGGAUUCCAGCGGUUCCUGGAUACUGUCCAGUAUAAAUGUAAUGGCAUUUUACGCUAUGAACGCGUCUUUGGACGAGGGUUCGUGAGCACAGGAGGGAUUGAUACUACGAGAGAAUUUGUCACUAAAUUGGAUCUCAAACCAGGGCAAAAGGUCUUAGAUGUAGGGUGUGGUAUUGGAGGUGGUGACUUUUACAUGGCUGAAGAGUAUGGUGUUCAUGUUAUUGGCAUCGAUCUCUCCAUCAAUAUGAUUUCCUUUGCACUUGAACGUGCUAUUGGUCUCAAAUGUGCUGUCGAAUUUGAGGUUGCUGACUGCACAAAGAAAACAUAUCCUGAUGCCACAUUUGAUGUUAUCUAUAGUCGCGACACUAUUCUUCACAUACAAGACAAACCUGCUUUAUUUAAAUCCUUCUACAAGUGGCUGAAGCCUGGAGGCAGAGUACUUAUAAGUGAUUACUGUAAAAGCUCCGGAUCUCCCUCAGUAGACUUUGCAUUGUAUAUUAAACAGAGGGGCUAUGAUCUACAUGACAUUGAAACUUAUGGCCAGAUGCUUAGGGAUGCUGGUUUUGAUGAAGCCCUUGCUGAGGAUCGAACCGAUCAGUUCAUAAAAGUUCUUGAGAAGGAAUUAGAUACCUUGGAGAAGGAUAAGGCAUCAUUUAUCCAGGAUUUCUCUGAAGAAGACUAUAAUGAAAUAGUUGGAGGUUGGAAGUCUAAGCUGAUUAGAAGUUCCUCUGGUGAGCAGAGGUGGGGUUUGUUCAUUGCUUAUAAAAAGUGA